UUAUAAAUACCGCGAGAAAAGCCUCUCUCAGCAUCAGUUUCAUUCUGCCAUCCGAAUAGUUAACGAAUAGUUAAAUCGAAACAAUUUUUUUUUACUAAAAUCAUCAUGAAUAAGUUUGUUUUCUUAUCACUUAUCGCUUGUGCCGCUGCUUGUGCUGGACAAACUGGCGACGUUACUCCCGCCACUCCGGAACAAGUUGAAGAAGCCGUAGCUCAAGCCGAAUUCGUUCGUGUUGUUCUUGCCUCGUCUUUAGCUGCUGCCAACUUGCCUCCAGCCUUCGCGGAUCGCGGAAAUGCCGUCUUGACGGAAGCUGAUGCCGCCUUGGACAAAUGCGAGGAACAAGUUCGCGAAACUUCCGUUUUGUGGGUUUACAAAGUCUGCACCACGACAGUUUUGAAGAGAUCUCGUUUCCAAUUGAAACAAUUGCAACGUGAAGCUGCCUUGGCUACUGCUUCUACUGGAAGCCCAGCUGUCGCUAACUAAGUUCGAGGCAUCGAGAAAAGAUGAGCUUGAUAAAAAUAUUUACGAAUAAAAAUUAAUUGAACGUCUAAAAAAACA